AUGGCGGCGUCGUUGAGCGGAACGAACUUGGUGCCGUUGUGUACGAGCUCUGAGGGAUCUAAUGACCGGGGCCUUCGCCUCCAUGAUGCUGGCGUGGACAUUCUCCAUGGAGCCAAGAUUUCGUCACGAAAAGUGGCGCUCGUUGGCGUGCUCUACGUGCCGGAAGAAGAGAAGGAUGCCACAGCCGAGCGCGGCCUUUUCCUAAGCUCCAGUGCUGUCUCCGUGCCCGAACAGGACUCCAGUGUGCUGCUACUGGUGCUGCGUGGCGUAUUACUGGCCGACGAGCCGUUUUGGGGCUCGCUGCUACUCGUAUUGAGCUCGCACGUGGUAGUAGCCAAAACCGGGCCCAUAUCCAGCUCCAGUUUCCAGGCGGCGUUGCCGUUCCUGUCAACCUUUACACAGCUACAAGUAGGAGAAACGGUAGUUGAUGCAGAUAGAAACGCGGCGCUGCUUAAGGAACUGGUGCCGCGCUUCACGUGGGGAGCCAUCGACCUCAAGAUCAAGGAUAUGAAUGGGUGCGACUCAGUCUCGACCUACUUCGAGCAGCAGCUAGCCUCGGGCUCCACGGACGCUCAGCUUCUGUUGAGUGCUCUGGUUCCUACGAGAGACUGCGUGGUGCUCAAAUCGAACUCGUUUCAGGGCCCUGAGGACCCGCACACGUCGCCCAAGCUGCUGACGCACGUGGCCGAUCGAUUGGAGUGCAAAUCCUUCUUUGGUCGCUAUUUGAACGGGUCACUACUAGCGCGACUAAUUCGAUCGUUGACACAUGCAAUGGCAGCUCCAGACGGCGUCCCUGUGGUGCUGCAGCGUGUAGUGACGAAUGUACUCGCUGCGCAUUGGCAGCAACUGGUGCAACGGGCGUUCAAGUCAUAUUGCGACCUGAUGCACGCUCGACUGGCCGUAUAUGAACGAGCUCCUAUCACUGCAGAGUAUCUGGUGGAUGUCACAGAGCGGAAACUUAAAGCGAACCAGUCGCAGAGCAAUCAACACUCGGCUGUCGUGGAUGCUGGACAGGGAGAUUACUCGGUUUUCGAUGAGUUUGGCAAUUUAAAGAAGCAGCAAGUGUCUGAUCGAGAAGGAGGGGGCAGUGCAAUCACAUCUAACACUCAAGCACCACUGAACACAGGCCUCUUCAGCUUCUUGAAGAAUAGAGCCGGCCGUGCUCUCAGCAAACAGCUCUCACGUUUCCCCACGAACCGAUGGAGUACCUCGAUUAGAAGUGGAGGACAAACAACCAGUCAAGGUGAAAACGGAGAGCUUGGUGGUAUCCUAGAGGAUGCAGAAGCAGCGGAGGCUGACUUACACCAAGAGAAUACUUCACAGACACCUGACUACCUUCUAGCACGAUGCACCGCUCCCAUCACGCGGUACACGGUGCCGAUGGAAUACCUGAACACACCUAGUGAAGCUAUGCCCGUUAAUACUGCUGUGCUGGAUAUUGUGCAUGCUGAGGGCCUGGAAGAGGUGAAUGCGUUGCUGAAGCCAUUCCUAGUGGAUCUACGAGGCCCGCCACCGUCAUGGCCCGAGCUCGUCUGCUCACUGGACUUCCAUGUUGGAAAGAAGAACUUGUGGGCGAAGUUGGGUCGCGUGCGAAGACGUUUUGAGCGCGCGAAUGAAGUAUCCUCGGCUAUUUUCUGUGGUGAGUUGCUGCGUUAUCUCCACUCUGUGGUACUCAGCAAGAACGAGACUGAUACCGAGGCUCAACAACAGCAACAACUACGAGGUCGAGCUGUUUCUUCGAUCAUGUUGGUCGAUAAGAAGAGUGGAAACGCACCCGUCGCGCUGACACGAGUGCCGCUGGAGUUGUUGACGUACAAGAACAACCUCGAGGCGAUGGUGUCUCAAUACAACUUCGUCGCGCGUGGGCCUCAGGCUGCUACUGCUCUUGCAGGGUUCCUGAAUGGCCCUGUCCGCAGCCAAUUGUUGUACUUGACGCAGCAAGAGUAUGACCGCUUUUCGGCAGCUUGUGACGAGAAAGAGCAUCGCAUUGCAGAACUGGAGGAUUCUCUCGACGAUAAGGAGAGUCAAGUCAAGCAUAUCACAAAGGCGAACGCCGAGUGGGGACGUCAAGAGAGCGAGGCUGUGGCACAGAUCGAGCAGACUCAUGCAGAGCAGGUGAGCUCUCUACAGGGCGCAAUUCGCAGUACUGAGACUCAGAUCGCAAGCGCAUUAGCUGAACAACAAGCUCUCUACCAAAGCACUAUGCAGGCCACGAGACGCACUAUCGACACCGUGGAUAAGGUGGCAGAUAAAGGUCGUGUGGUGUCGGGCUACCUGGAGCGCUACGAGAAGGGUCACGUUUUCUCAUCACGCUGGCGACAAUACUUCUACGUACUUAAACAUGCAACGCUCACGUGCUACAAGUCAAAGAGUGGGUAUGAAGAGCGUGGGCCUCCUUUCGAGCGUCCAAUUAGCAUCAGCGGCUACAGUGUCGUGCGGAGUCGUACAGAUGAACUUAAGAUCAAGCUGAUUCCUCCUGAAGCGGGUCACCAAAAACUCCGCUUCCGCGCACCGGCCAGUGUUGGUCGUGAAACGUGGAUGAAGCGGUUCACUGAAGCUGCACAGUACACCAGUCAAUAA